CUUAGCUUCCCUUGUUACCGUGUCGCUGAGCAACAAUUCCUCGAAUUACACAACAGAAGCCGGUUUCUGGUGCUUAUACAGUAAUCGUUGCAUCUAGAGGAUUAAACAGCAUACUACGACGCCUAUCAACAUUUUCCAGACAAGAGGAUUACCCAGACGGUCGACAGCACAAUGGCGGACGCCGCAAAUGGAGAAGGAGCGCCUGUAGAGCCUCAGGCCAGGAAGGUCGUAUACUGUGGAGUGUGCUCACUCCCUCCGGAGUACUGCGAAUUCGGUGGCACAGUAAAGAAAUGCAAAGAAUGGCUAGAAGAUGCCCACCCCGACCUUUUCGAACGGUUAUACUCUGAGUCCUCUGUCGAAGCCAGUCUCUCUACUCUCUCUCUCGACGCGCAAAAACGCGCUGAGCGCGAUGCUCAGAAGAAGGCCGCCAGAGCCGAAGCCAGCGAGGCGCGAGAACAGGAAAAGAAAGCUGCCGCCAAAGUGUACAUCAAGCGGAUCGAGCGCAACAAGCGCAAAUACGUGACGGCCGUGAUUGGGCUCGAAGCGCACGGCCUCGAGCUCAAAAAGGUUGCCAAGGACUUUGGCAAGAAGUUCGCCACGGGCAGCUCGGUGACCAAGACGGCGAGCGGCACGGACGAGAUUGUCCUGCAGGGCGACCUGAGCGAUGAAGUUUACGACUUCAUUACCGAGACGUACAAGGGUGUGCCGGAGGAUAAUCUCGAGUGUAUUGAGGAUAAGAAGAAGAAGAGCGGAUAAAUUGGAUAAAAAAGUCAAUGUUGCUGGUCUAUAUGGGGAGAGGGGGGCGUUGCAGAGUGAUCUAAAAGCAAUGGAGAAAGAAGAUAUCAUGACGAAGAGAUGACAUUGAAUUGACUGUUGAAUAUGAAAGACAACCUUUUUUUAGUCCCUCAAUAAAUAAAUAGAAUAUCCAUAAUAAGGGAUCACGAAUAUUUUUGAUAUAAGUG